AUGCAGAAAGUACUAACAUUGACUCAAGAGGAAUGUUUACAGACCAAAGAACGUGAACCAACAGAUCGAAUUCCUCUGGUUACUACAUUCAACCCCCAUACCACAUUUAUUGCAGAAAUUGCUAAACGAAAUUGGAACUUUCUCAAAUCAAAAGAAAGAUUAUCACUCAUCUUCAACAAGCCACCUUUAGUAGCUUACCGACGACCGAAAAGUCUACGAGACAGACUUGUUCGUUCAAGAUUUGUAAAUGAAACACCUCAGAAUUUGAUACCAAAGGGAUGUACAGCAUGUGAAAGAACGAAGUGUAGUUGGUGUAAAAAGAUCAACCAGACCACAACUUUCACCAGUCCCAACAACAACAAGACCUAUACCAUAUUUCAUACAGUGGACUGCCAAUCGUCAUGGAUCAUUUACAUAAUCGAGUGCAACAUUUGCAAACUUCAAUACAUUGGCAAAAGCGAAACUGCAUUUAACCUACGGUUAAACAAUCACAGAAACCAUAUUAAAAAGGUAGUGAGUAGCUGCGAACUCACGGAACACUUUUUACAUAACAAACGAACUCACGACUUUAACAAUAAUGUUACCAUAAACAUUAUAGAGCAAAUCCGAAAAGAUCAUUUAGAGACUGACAAAAAGAAAGAAGUUCUUAGAGAAAGAUAG